AUGGCGAAUGCUCGCAUAGCAAGGUUCAUCACCGAGGUUGCACCACCACAAUUCGUGACAGUCAUGAGGCACAGAACUACCAAAGUUCUUGACACCAUUAAGGAAGAAGAGAGAGAUGUUUGCGGCAAUGACUCAAAGGUUGCCUUUUCAUCCUCUUCUGCUUCUCCUUCGACUUCUACUUCCACCGCUACAAGCGCUAGUUCUAGAGCUCGUAGUUGUAGCAGCAGCAGCGGCGGCAGCAUGAGUUCAAAGUACUUUCUCAAGGAUGUCCCGAUGUUCUCAAUCUUCGAGCACUGAAUAAAUCUUCCAUGAGAAAAAUAAAACUUGUGGAGUUUUCAUGUACUUCUUCUUUUGGUUGGGUUGGCAUGUUGUGAUGAAUUUUGUUGUAUGGGGUUGAUUACUCUUUUUUUUGUUGGUAAAUAACAAUAUCAUACAACAUAACACAAUUUAUUAUGGCAUGACAAUACAAGGGCUUAGUGUUGUAUUGGUUCCAUAGUUGUCUUGAACAACUAUUGGAAUAUUAGUAUAGUAGAGUUGCUCCACAUGUAAAUUCUCUAUCUCCCUUUUCUUUUGUGUCUUGUCUAACAUAGGAUUCUGUACUUGGCAAUAGAGAAUGGAAUAUGGAAUUGUGCUGGUUUUUCUCUCAA